GAUCGAGAUCAAGCGCAUCGAGAACACCACGAACCGGCAGGUCACCUUCUGCAAGCGCCGCAACGGCCUCCUGAAGAAGGCGUACGAGCUCUCGGUGCUCUGCGACGCCGAGGUGGCGCUCAUCGUCUUCUCCGGCCGCGGGCGCCUCUACGAGUACUCCAACAACAGCGUGAAAGCAACCAUUGAGAGAUACAAGAAGGCAACAAGUGACACCUCCAGCGCUGGUACAGUCGCAGAGAUCAAUGCCCAGCACUACCAGCAGGAAUCUGCGAAGCUGAAGCAGCAAAUAACCACCUUGCAGAACUCCAACAGGACUCUAAUAGGCGAUACAAUGGCCACCAUGAGCCACAGAGACCUGAAGCAGCUGGAGGGAAGGCUGGACAAAGGCCUAGGAAAGAUUAGAGCAAGAAAGAACGAAUUACUAUGCGCUGAAAUUGAGUACAUGCAGAGAAGGGAAAUGGAGCUGCAGAAUAACAACUUCUUCUUGAGGGAAAAAGUAGCUGAGACUGAAAGGGGGCAACAGCAGACGUUGAACAUGAUGGGGGCGGCUUCGACAUCGAAUGAGUACGAGCAAAAUAUGAUCCAUUGUGAUCCGAGAACCUUCCUGCAGUUCAACUUCAUGCAGCAGCAGCCUCAGUACUACUCCCAGCAGGAGGACCGCAAAAGUUUGAACUCAGUUGGAAGGUGAUGGAUGCAUCCAUGCAUAGCUGUGUCGUCUCUCAUUUACCUUCAAGUGAGAUUGAAGCUAUAUAGAUAUCCGUGAGAUAUAACUAGAACUUCCAUGAAUGUGUGUAUUUCUAUACACGCACAAUCAACUUUAUCCCAUAAUUAAGGCUUGGCCACACCUGUGCAACGUAUCCAUAUGUAUUGUGAUGAUACUACUUAAUUAUCUCAGUGCAACUCAGGUACUUCGCAUAUAUCUAUGUACCUUUUCCAUAUGCAAUAGUACUGGUGGCGAUUUCAUAUA